AAAAAUCUAUUUGCGUAAGAAGUUUCUUCCCAAAAGCUUCUUUUAUUUUUUGUGUGCUCUAUCUGUACUUCUUAAACCUAGUAACUGUAUGUCUUUGCUCACUUUUCCGUGGUAUGUACUGCAGCAGCUGGCAAGUUGCGUCCAUCGUUAUAUAUGGGUAAGAGCUUCAUUUAAUUAGUCCAUCUAGUCUUUUGAUUUUGGGUAUCUUUAUCGGCACCCAAAUUUUAGUGAAGUUCACCUAACUAAAACAUUUUGUCAAACUUCAUAGUUUCCCCUCAUUUUUAAGUUCGCCCAAAUCCACACCAGCCUCCACCUACCAAAACAAAGAGAAAAUGAACAGACAAAACCACUACCGCGCGCCCAACAAAACUACACCACCCUCCGGUCCCUCCCUCGUAGACGCGUCGAUGCCGGCUCCUUGGUGGGUCUGUGUGUUCCUUCUCUUUCUAUUGGUGAAUGGUACUGGUGGCUGUGUGUUGUUGGUUUUUUUGGUGAGUGGUAGUUGCUGCUUUGUGGGUUGGGUGAACUCAAUUUCGACGGCAAAUUAAAAAGUUUGAUGACAAAAAUUUUUUAGUUGAGUAAAACUAACUAAAAUUUGGAUGUCAAUAAAGGCACCCUUUGAUUUUUUUUAUUUUUUUUUCACUUUAUGCACUUUUCAAACUCAUAGUCGAUUGAUUUUGUUGCAGUACGUGUAUGGUUUAUACUCAUAUGCAUCGGGUUAUUUUUCCUAGCCAGAUUUGUUUUUGGAGUUCCAAUUGUGACUGCAUUUCUAAUCUACACAUGGCGCAGAAGACAUUUAUCAAUGUAUAGCACAAUAGAAGAUUUUCUGCAAUGCAAUAACAACUUCAUGCCUAUAAGGUACUCUUACUCGGACGUCAAGAAAAUGACUCGCAAGUUUAAGGACAAGUUGGGCAAAGGUGGCUUUGGCUCUGUAUUUAAGGGAAAGCUACGCAGUGGUCGAUUUGUAGCAGUUAAAGUUUUGGCCAAGCCCAAAGCUGAUGGCCAAGAUUUCAUUAGCGAAUUAGCUACAAUCGGAAGGAUUCACCAUGCCAAUGUGGUGCAACUUGUUGGAUACUAUGUUGAGGGAUCAAAACGCGCUCUAGUCUAUGACUUCAUGCCUAAUGGUUCUCUUGAUAAAUACAUUUAUUCCAAAGAAGGAAGUGUCCCCUUAACUAUCAAGAACAUGUACGAGAUUUCUCUUGGAGUGGCUCAAGGGAUCGAAUAUCUACACCAAGGUUGCGAAAUGCAAAUUCUACAUUUCGACAUCAAGCCUCAUAACAUCCUUCUUGAUGAGAACUUUAAAGCAAAGGUUUCUGACUUUGGGCUUGCAAAAUUGUAUCAUGUAGAUAAUAGCAUUGUCUCUUUGACAGCAGCACGGGGUACACUGGGAUAUAUUGCUCCUGAGUUGUUCUACAAAAAUAUUGGAGGCGUCUCAUAUAAGUCAGAUGUCUAUAGUUUUGGAAUGUUGUUGAUGGAAAUGGCAAGCAGAAGGAGGAAUUUGAAUCCAACGGUAGAGCAUUCAAGCCAAAUCUACUUCCCAAUGUGGGUAUACGAUCAGUAUAUUGUAGGAAAUGACUUGGAAAUGGACAAUGUUACAGAGGAGGAAAAGAAAGUAAUAAGAAAGAUGGUUAUAACCGCCUUGUGGUGUAUUCAAAUGAAACCAAGUGAUCGCCCUUCGAUGUCCAAAGUUGUCAAAAUGCUUGGAGGAGAUGUUGAAUGUCUGCAAAUGCCUCUCAGGCCUUCUCUAUGCCCCCAAAAGACGCCUGUGACAGUGGGUGAUAUUCAAGACAAUGAAUUGAACCCAAGAUGUUCUAACGCGGAGCUAACGUGUUCAUUGUCAGCUAGGUGAUAGUCAAAUGGUUAAGAAAGUGCAGUAAUGUAUUAUUAAUUAAAUUCUUGCCUUAAAGUGAUUUAGUGAAUAACUAUUGUCUGUAAUUGUUUGGCUUGGAUUCAUCUAAGAACGACUUGUGUUGGUGCGUAUACAUAUA